GAAGGGCCGGGGAACGGGGCAUUCCUGGAAGAAACGCGGAGCUCCCGGCCCGAGCGGCCUUGUGUUGUUGGCGCUGUGUUGCCCACGGGACGAGCGGCGCCGCCGAUGCCUGGGGCCGGGAUGGAGCGAACGCACCGGCUGGAGCUGUUCCCCGACCACAGCGUCACGCUGCUCCUCUUCCAGCACGUGAAAAAUGCCGCUGCCCUGCGGAAAAAAGCCAUGGAAGGAUCCAUUGACGGAGCGCUGAUAAACCCCGCGAUGAUUGUAGAUACUUUUCAGAUUCUUGUGGCAGCCAACAAAGCAGUGCAUCUACAGAAGAUAGGUAAAAUGAAGACCAGAACACUCAAUGCAGAAAUUAUUUUCAGCCUUUCACCAAGCAACAAUAUUUCAGAUGCAUUUAAAAAGUUCGGCAUUUCAGACAGUGACACAGCAGUACUCGUUGUGCUGGUUGUGGAUGGAGACAAGACUGUAAACCUGGCAGAUAUAGCAUCUCAGGUGGAAGGCCAGCAGGUUUCCCUAGAUGAACUCCCCCAGCUAACAGACACUGCCAAAGUUAAAAAGAUGUACAAAGUUACUCCACAAGAAGAAAAAAUUGGCACCUUAUUGGAUAGUGUUGUUUGCAGAAUGUCAACAAAAGAUGUUUUGUGAAAAUGUGGAAAUAAAUUUCAGAGGAAGUGAAGUAGUACUGAGUAGUUUGAUGACAUCUGAGCUUUAACCAAGCUUGUACACAAGGGUAACUUGAGCUGUGUUCUAAGCACAGAGAGCAACUCUGCCAUGCCAAACAGAAUUUGCCAUUGGCAUUUCUGUCCUUUUUCUUGACAAGGGAGAAUUGGCUUCAAGCUGAACUUAAAACAAAAGGCUUGGAAAUCUGUACUUACUUUUGUCUUUUGUCAAAUGUUUUGGUAGUCCCUGACAGCAUUCAAACAUUGUAAAUAAUUUUUAUUAACUGUGCUCUGAUUUGUUUUGGUUUGGCAACCUGACGGAUGAUAGCCUUCUGACAAUACUAAAAGGCAUCUUUACAGACCAAGUAUUUCUGAUGGACUAGAAAGAGGAAAUUUUCCAUAAACAAUCAGCAGCAUCUCCCUCUUUGUGCUACUGGCAUAGAGUUGCUGCCCACCCUUUGAGGACAGGAGGAGGCAGAGGGGCGCUGUGCUGGCCAGUGGCAAUGUGGAGCAGGGCAUCAGAGAUGUGUACAAUGAAGAAUAAGGUCAGUGUGGGUAGUGCUGUGGUGGUGUUAGCACCUGACAGUCUGAUGUCAUCCAGUGCUGGCUUUAAAGAUAAGGAGUGGUGCUUUUACUUCAUAACACUGAUUAUGCAUGGUGAUGCUGAACUCAUAGAGCCUGGUUACAGGUGCAGAAUUCACAGACAAAUUUGCACCAUAGGUUGUAUCCACUUAAAUUGUCAAUAGAGCUUACAUAGCAUUCUGAAAGGACAUAAAACUUGUCUUGGUUUUUUGAACUACUGCUAGGAAAGGCCAUCAAAGGGAGCUAGGCGGACCAUUGAUUUCCAGUAGUCACUGGGUGCAACAGCCGUGAAUGUGUGUCAUUUAAUCACAUGCAUGCAUCCUGUUUAAAUAAAACUACUGUCCUAAUUAGGUAGAAAUGUUUGUUAUUUUUAUGCUAUAUUCUUUUUCUGCGAUGUGCAUAAAACUACAGCUGUCUGCAUUUUUUUUCCUGGUGUUUUCUGAGGUAUAAUGAUUUGUGUAUUUAAAAGAUCAUUGGAAGAGAAUGUCUCACAUUCUUAUGUAUACAUUUUGAAGGAAAGUUGAAAUGUUGUCCCAUACGGUAAACAGACCAGUGAACUGACAUAUAGACCUGGUUUUGUCUGUGUUUUGUGUUUAAUACAGAAAUGCACAGCUUCAGUUUUGCAUUUUGAUUUCAGUUAAGUCUUCCCUUAGUUAAAACACAGUAGUAUAAAUACCAUCCUUUUCUUACCAAUCAGACCAAUGGCAAAUUUAGUUACAAAGUACUAAGGGAAUUACAAGGUUUAUCAAAAGAUUAGGGACAAAUGGCUGUGCUGACUUCUUGCAUUAAAGAUGGCUUUACAGAAUGCAUCAUCAUCUCUAAAGGGAAAUGUGAAAAAUGUAGUAAAAAAUGGACCUUGGAAGGACUUGAGUCUUUAAAAACAAAAGUGUAUCACAUCAGCAUGUGAGAAUGACCAUGGAAAAUAAGAGACUUGUUUUCCUUUUCUGACAGUCCAAUUGGUACAUGGAAUGUAUCAUAAGAUUUACUGGCUGAACUACAAUGUUUUUGUUAGUUUAAAACAACAGUAGACAGGCUUACUUAAACCACUGCCUUUUUUGAACACAUGUAAAAUGUCUGUCUGGUCUGUUUAAAACAGGAGAAAUAGUAAUAAAAUGAUUGCUGCAUAUAAGUUUUGACACACAAGUUCCAAACUUGGGUUUCCAGUUUCUAUUUUUCCAUUUAUUUCAUUGCUGUGGAUACAUUAAAUAGCUUGUUACUGUUGACAUAAGUUAAAUUGCGAUUUACUGUGAAACCCAAAUGAAGUGUUUUCAUGUGUGUAUUUACAGGAAAUUAUUUUGGGACCUGAAGUCUCCAAAAUGUCAUUCAGUCAGGCAGAUGAUUUGGGUCUUUUUGCAUUGAAGACUAUGCCCUGCAAGACCAUAGGUUUUCCCUAGACGUGGUUGCAUUAUCCAAGUUAAAUGAGUUAUUUACAAAAACUGGUAAUAAAAGUAGAUUUUGUGCACCUUGCGAAGAUACAGUUGUCUUUCUGAACACAUUAAAAAUGGUUUCAUUUA